GAGAUGUCGAGGUAAUGUUGAGAAGCAGUUAACGAUGUUUUGUCUUGGACUACAUUAACAAAUUCUACCGUUUUAAUUCUCUAUGUAGCAACAUGCAUCAAGGAAAUGGGCCUUUGGUCCUAGCAGCUCUGACUCUAAUAUGGAAUUUAGCAGACGCUGCUUCCUUCUAUGGCGAGAGCUAUGUACGAGUGCCAUUUCAACUAUCAGCAGGCACCAACCAGGUAGACUUGGAUUUCAAGACUCACAGACCUCACGGUUUACUUCUACUGGCUGCAGGAAACACGGAUUACUUCUCCUUGGAACUCAGCUCUGGCAUCAUCAAAGUCCAGGUCGAUCUGGGAUCCGGAGCCGCCAUUCUUAAUUCUCCGCCCAGCUUACGAUUGGACGAUUCCCAAUGGCACCAUAUCAGCGUCAACAGAUCAAAGGAGGAGCUGGUUCUAACUGUCGAUGAGAUCGUCACGAGUUCCACCGCCAUUCCGGGGAAAUUCUCAGAAUUAAACAUCAAACAUGGAAUAUUUCUCGGUGGCAUCGGGACGUUCACAGACGUGUACGAUGGCAAUUUUAAAUAUUUCCGUGGUUGCCUCAAGGACACAUUCUUUAAUAAAUAUGACAUUUUGGGCACGGCAAGGAACAUGAAAAAUCCGGUGAAUACAUAUGAAGUGUCGUGGGAUUGUGAUACGGAAUUCGAUGCCGGUUCCGAUCAGCCAAUCACAUUUAUGUCCGACUCGUCUUUUCUUGCCUUCCCGCCUUUACACAUACGAGAAAAAGGAACCUUUUCCUGUGAUUUAAAAACAAGAUCAAAAACUUCUGUGAUAUUUUUUAACGCUGGUCGCCGAACUACAGGAUUAGAUUACAUUGGACUAGAGUUGAUUAACGGUAAAUUAAAAUUAACGGCCAAUAAAGGCAGUGGCGUCAUCGACGUUUACUCGGACAAUAAAGUCAAUAAUGGACGCUGGCAUCAAAUUGAUGUUGUCAUCUCUCCCAGUAUGUUAGAACUUCGUGUUGACGGGACAAGAAACGUAACUCGUUUUUAUUCAAAAGACAAUAAAUAUCAUAAUCUUGCGGGACAUUUAUACGUGGGGGGUAUUAGUGUCAAGGACAAAGCUAACGCUAUCAGACGUGGACUGGAAUCCUUGAAAUAUGAAAGAGGUAUGCGUAGUUCCACGAAGGGAUGUAUACGAAACGUUGUGAUCAAUAGUCGAACGUACGGAUUCCGAGAAGUGGUCGUUAGUCGUCUGGUCGAUCCAAAGUGUAGCUAUGAAUAUCCGUGUGCCAGCGAUCCUUGUAUUGCAGACGCCAAAUGUAGUGAAUUAGAAAAUAACGAAUAUCGCUGUGUAUGUGAUCAGAAUGUGUGCACAAAAUCUACCGUGACAACUAUGGGGGAAGUGGGUGAACGCAACUCGGCCGACGUUCUGGCGAUCGAACAACUGAAAGUUCAGGAGGGCGGUUUGGCGUAUUUUACGACUAAUGUGGUCGAUGUAAUUUUUGACUAUAUGGCGUACAGAAUCCGUGAAUCGGCCAUUCAAUUUACGAUCAAGAUACCUCCGCGAUAUGGUAGUAUAGAUAUCAACAUACGCAGACGUAGAAACGAAGACAUUUUCACGUUACUAGAUUUAAUAGGAGGCAAGGUGUCGUACGUUCACGACGGCUCGGACACUCGUACGGAUGACGUCACGUUAGAAAUGAAAGUGACCGCUACAGAUUCCAGCAUUCCUAAACGUUACCUUGGAAAUUUUGGAUUCGUUGUUCCCAUCAAGAUUGCUCCGCGGAAUGAUCCACCGAAAUUAGUGUUGCCGUCUGGAACAACUAUUCAAGUCAUGAAACACACAAAGACUUUAAUUAGUGAUGAUAUUUUGUCGGUAGAUGACCCGGAUACGCUACCUGCUGACAUCAUUCACACGAUCACAUACAUCAAUACUGAAAACGGCCAUUUUGUCAAAGAGAACGAAACGAAAACGGAAGUGACAGAAUUUACACAAGCCGAUGUCGAUUCUGGUUUAAUGUGGUAUAUUCACGAACAAGAAAAUCUAGCAGCGAUUCGUCUCAAGGUCAGCGAUGGCACCACGGAGAGCAGCGUGUUAGAAUUACGAUUGCGAGCAGUCGACAUCGACAUAUCGAUACCCAUUAAUAACGGAAUAAUUGUGGCUUUAGGCACCAGCUCUCUUAUUCUACCGGAUAACCUCACGUCUGCUACCAAUGUUCGUGGACAAAACAUAGAACUCCGAUAUCGUAUCCUUGAAAAACCUAAAUACGGCCAUAUACAACGCAGAAAGCAUGAAGAUCACAAGUGGAUAAAUGUUGAAACUUUUUCCCAGAGACAUAUCGAUAAAGAGAGACUCCGUUACGUGAAUGAUAUCAACGCCAAGGCAACUGAUGUCGAUGAAUUUAAGUUCGUUGUGAAUGCAAGAGAGUCUUCGACAAUUGAAAAUACCUUCCAAAUUUCCUUUCAAAAAGUGUCUCUGCAGACGGAGAAGAAUGUGCCGCUGGUGCUGAAUGACGUCGUUUUUUUGCAGAUUUCUUCCAGGAGUCUGUCAGUUAAAGCAAAUUCAGCUUCCGUACCACCCGAUAAAAUACAUUUUAAAAUGGUGCGACCUCCAUCCCAAGGUCAACUUUACAAAAUCGAAACAGAUCCCAAAAAAGUAAACGAGAGAAUUUUUGAUAGACUUUCACCUUUGACCUCGUCGUGGAAAUUUACGCAGGAAGAUCUCAAUGAUGGAAAAAUCUUUUAUAAACUCAGUCGACCUUCGUUUAAACGCGUAGAGGAUUUUGUCGAUCUUAAAGUCACUUUCGAGAACGCCAAGCCUUUGGAUGUACGUCUGUCCUUCAAAUAUCUACCAGAGCAGACAUCCAUUCGAUUUACGAACAAUGGUUUAAAAAAUGUCAUCGAGGGUGGAUCGAAGGUAAUCGGAAGAGAAGAUUUGUAUUUAGAAAUGGACGGAGUGAAGGAAAUUAAGUUUACGUUGAUAUCCAAGCCUGAGUUCGGAUUAGUCACUUUACAAGAUCCGAGAACAAACGCAGUAUUGGAGAAAAAUGUCACAGAGUUUACCAGUAAGGACAUACGAGAGGGCAAACUCCAGUACAAACACGACGAUUCGGAGCAUGAUCAAGAUAGCUUUACUUUCAUCGCGCUUCCAUUGUUAACGGAAGAAGACGAAGCACCAGAAGAAAUUCAGGAAAUCUCUGGUAGACUUGAUGUAGAAAUGAUGAUGAGAAAUGAUAAUCCCCCUGUUCGAGACGUUGAUAAAGUCUUCCAUGUUGUCAAAAAUAAAAAUAAAAAGAUCACCGUCAAUGACGUCUCGUUCCAUGAUCCGGAUAUAAAUUACGAUUCCGCAGAUCUGCAGUACACGAGACGUGGAAUACCCAACGGAGAAAUAGUAGACGCAAAGACUGGAAGUCCUGUCUAUCAGUUCACACAUCAAGACAUCAUCGACCAGAAACUCUUGUUUCAACAUCAAGGGGACGAUUAUGGACGUGCCGCGCUAUGGGUAACAGACGGGCAGUUUUACACAACCAGUUUAUUCGAAGUUCAGGCGUCUGCUCCAUUUAUCAAGAUAGGAAAUAACACUGGAAUUACUGUGAAAAAGGGAAGUUACAGUCCGAUCACCAAUUCCAACUUGAGUAUGGAGACGAAUGUUAACGCUCGGCCAAACCAGAUAAACGUUCUGCUAAUAGAAGAACCCUUAUAUGGUCAUUUGCGUAUUAAAGGCAAACAAGUAGCAGAAUUCACCUACGAUGAUUUGCUGAAGGGCAACGUUAAAUUCUGGCACGACGGAAGCACCAAUCAGGAAGAUAGAUUUAAAUUCGCAUUUAUCAUCAAUAACGCUAAAGUACAAGGAAUCUUUACAAUAAUCAUGUAUCUGGAAAGUCAGCUUCGACCUCCGCAGGUAACGCACAACCGAUUAUUGGAAGUAGCCGAAGGAAGUGGAGCCAUUAUUACCCAGUCUCACUUAAAUGUCAAUCAUCCAGACUCGAUUCCCACUGAUAUAACGUACACUAUAACAACAAAACCACAAUAUGGCGCCAUCUAUGUUAAAGGGGUGCUGAUGCCCGACGAUGAAGCCACCAUUUUCACCCAACAGGAUAUUAUUAACGAUUACGUCAAAUAUACCAAUACCAAAAGUGGCAUCAUCAACGAUAAAUUCGCGUUUGACGUCAGUAACCAGUUUCAGACGCUCAGAAACGUGGAAUUUUUCAUUGAGAUCGUGCCAAACGUAUUGCAGUUAGAUACAGAUGUUCUCAGUGUGAUGGAGGGAGAGCGAUCAGCGUUACUUCCAAAACAAUUUAAACUCAAAGGACGCUAUUUCCAGGGGAAAGAUGUUGUCUUUGAGAUUCAACGUCAACCGCAAUCAGGUAUCAUAGACUCCACGGAUAAUAAGGGCGUUCUGAUAUCCAAGUUUACCACCGAGGAUUUGCGAUUAAAGAAGAUCUUUUACGAACAUGACGGUAGCGAGCGAACCGAGGACGAAUUCACGGUAACCGCCACUCUUAGCGAUAACUUAAAAACCAGUCUUCCUCAUAUCGUUAAAAUUCACAUAGAAUCAGUAAAUGACCAGACGCCCCGUAUUAUCGUCAACUCAAUUCUGGAAGUAUGGAAAGGUUCCGUUACAAGAUUGACCAAUCACAGUCUACUAGCAGAAGAUCUUGAUUCGACACCUAAAGAGAUUAUUUUCCGUGUGUCCAGCCCGACCAAUGGUCAUCUAGCGUAUUUACAGAACACUUUCCAUCAAAUCAGUCAGUUUAGUCAACAAGACAUCAAUAAUGGACGAGUAGUAUUUGUACAUGAAGGUGGUAAUUCUGGAGAGUUUAACAUACAAGUAACGGAUGGUAUCAACAACGGCAGACUUCAAGUCUUCAUCAUUGAGGCACGACCGUUAACCCUGACAUUAGUGGUCAACCAACCGCUACAAGCAUUUCCUGCUACAUUACAGCCAAUCACACAAGACGUCUUAUUGUAUUCAACAAACGCAGACAACGUCACAAAACCUAUCACAUACACCCUUGAAACGCGUCCUAAACGAGGCAAGAUCGUUACCGUCGAAAAUGGUAUUCCUUUAGAAGUUGCGUCAUUUACUCAAAAAGAGGUUGAAAAUUCUGAAAUUUAUUAUCAACACGCAGGAAACAUCCACCAUUGGUCAGAAACGGAUUCUUUUCUAUUCGAAGUUUCUACCGUUUACGCGGAACCACUGAAGGAAGAGUUAAUGGAAAUUCAAAUAUCGUACGGUAAUGUGAAUAGGGGAAACAGCGACCUAUUUCUACGUACUUCUAUUCCACUUGUGAGAGAAGGAAGUGAAAUCACGAUUUCCCAGGACAACUUGGAUGUAAGUCAACUAGAGCGCCGUCUGUAUCAGUUUGGUUCUCGUGUUGCCGUGGAUUUCAUGUUGAUAGAUCAACCGACGAACGGGCAUCUGGAACGAGCAAGACAGAGAAUGUCCAACAAGGACACGUUCACACAAGCCGAGAUCAAUAAAGGUAUCGUUAAAUAUUUCCACGACGACACAGAUACGAGUGAAGACCGCUUUACCAUUGCUGUACAGAUCCAUCCACCCGACAGUGCUUUAACGAACAACGGUAUCGAUAGUUACGUUUUUGAAACCAAUUUUACCAUCGGCAUUAGUCCCGUUAAUGAUCAAACAUUUGAACUGUUGACCAAGACGCCUUCGAUCCAAGUCAUUCAAGGUCAGGCGAUGAAUAUUACCAAUCAACAGUUGAAAACCACCGAUAAAGAUACCGGUCCUAAAGAUCUAGUCUACGAAAUAAGAACACCGCCGAAACAUGGUCGUCUGGUUGUUGGCGUGGAUACAGGAAAGUCGGUAACCAUGGUAACACAACAAGAUAUCGAUGAUCAUAAACUUUUGUAUAUCAACGACGGAUCAAAAGGACCCGAUUCGUUCUUCUUCCGCGUUUCUGACGGCGUUCAUAACCCGUACUAUAAAACGUUCAACAUCUACGUCCUUCCAAUAACCAUUGACGUGAACUCUCAUGAACCCAUCGAACUCGUCCAAUCAGAAUCUUCGGUCUAUAUCUCACCAAAGUCAUUAAAUAUAACAACCAAUGGAAAAAGAGAUAAAGUGUGGUAUAAUGUGACGAAAGAACCAGCAUUUGGUCGGAUCUAUUAUCAGGAAUCGCUCGCUCAAUAUUUCAGUCAGUCAGAUGUUGACAAGAGUUUAAUGCUGUACAUCCAAUCGGAUCUCUCAGUGGGUGCGGAUCACUUUGUUUGCGAUGUGUAUGUCGAGGGGGUCGACCUGUUUGUGUCUGGUCAGCGUUUCGAUAUUACUGUGAAACCCCUGGUAAAACAAGGGCCGCUAAACGCGCCGUCUGGCUCAAAAGUGGCCAUUACAAAAUACAACUUGGAUGCAAGUCGGCUUGCGGCAAUUACAGGCGAUAAUCCUGUAUUUGAUAUUACUGAACAGCCGCAACUCGGCCAUAUUGUAAAAGUCAGUCGCAAUAAGCGAGAUCUAAACGUUGCGCCUAUUUACGAACAAGUGAACUAUUUCACGCACGAAGAUGUGGUAUAUACUAAGGUUUAUUACAAAGCGGAUGAACGCGCCAAAAGUAGUGCCGCCAGUGACAAAUUUUCGUACACUUUGAAAGCCAAAAAUGUGCAGCCGGCGUCAGGUAGUUUCACAAUAGACCUCCAACCAGCAGAAACUACAACGCUUCAAUCAGUCGAUGGUAAAACCAAUAAUAACAAACCAAGUUCAAACUUUCCCGUGAUUACGGUGUCGCCCAGAACAUCGACACCAUCCCAGCGUGAACGUAGCCUAGAGUCACCCGAUGAUAACGACGGUGACGGAACUUAUAUUAUAAUAAUCAUCGUUAUCGCGGUCGUAGUGUUAUUAUUGUUCAUUGUUAUCGUUAUCGUGGUCGUAUUGAGAAGGCGUAAAAUUAAACAAGAAAAAGAACUAGCGUUAUCGAAGCCGAAACCACGGCCGUAUAUCAGUGGACCAUUACAAUUAGAACAACCACAUGUACAUAUAGAACCGCAGCAGUGUUUAACACCGUUAAGCGAUGAAGAUCAAGCGUUAGUUAUAUCGCCAUCUCAUAGUAGUAACAUUCCGGUCAUUAACGCCUCGCAUAAUUUGGAAAGUCCAACGCAACGAUCGCGUUCUCCAGAUAUAUCGCGGGUGGAAGUAAGCCAUGCUGUACCUUCUUGUAAAGUAACGCCCUUAAUAGAAAUACCCAAUAAUACAGACGAUAACCUCAAUCCUGCACCGAGUAGCGCUAAUUCUAAUAAUAGUGCAGAUUUAUUCAAUUUUGAUUGGACAUUAAUGGAUCCAGAAUUACUGCAACACUGUCGUACGGAUACUCCAGUAUUACGUCAGAAUCAGUAUUGGGUGUGAUGAACGGAGUUAUAUAACUUACGCUAUGUAUUUUCAAAUCAUGUUUGUGAUAGUGACAACUUAUUCCAAUAUAUUUCAAAGAUUCUGUGAUUUCAUUGGCUGAUUAUAUUUUUAGCUCCCAGCCAAUCAAAGUGUUUGAUCUUUGAAAUAUCUCAAAUUGAUAUAAUCCAAAGAUACUGCGAUUUCAUUGGCCAAGAAUGAGAAUCCCAGCUAAUCAAAAUGUUGGAUCUUCAAAAUAUCUUGGAUUAAGUUUUCACGAAGCAGGUUUGGUUAAUUCUCUCAGUGCUAUAUUUAUAAACAAGUAUUUGAAAGAUGACGCAACAUUUUUAUAAACUGUACGAGGAGUCACACACAUGCUACAAUACCUGUAUAAAUUGACUAACUUCAUAUUGUAAUAUAUUUUCAUAUUUGUAUUAUGUAAAAAAUUUGAUCGUUGGAUGUCUUUGUUGUUCACUGAAUGUUAUAUCUACCACCAAUAUCGUAAAGACAGCCAUCAUAAUCAUUCAUCACUCAUGCUGGAUCCUUUUUAAAAUGUAGCUAAUUAAGCAUAUAAAAGUUUCCCAGCUUUUUCUGGAAUUAUGCUACAGCGAGGACACUGGAUACCACAAUUCAAAUCACAGUAAAGGAGAGAGAGAUAGGGGUUUAAUAUUCACUCAACACAAACGAGUGAGAGAGAGAAAAAAAGGGGGUUAAACUCCACCCAACGCAAACUAGGUCAUUUCAGGACUAACAUAUGGUUCAAUUUUAUUUCAAUAAUUCGCUUGCGCGUAGUGGUCUUUAGCAGUGGGAGGAAACCGGAGGACCCGGAGAAAACCCACGAGGUUGGACAGGUGACUCUACUCCUUGUCUUGUACAGGUGUGCCACUUGAUACAGUAACAGACCUUACGAUCUAAAGUGCAGGCGUUCGAUCAUUGGCCACCCAUGCCCCCCCCCCCCAGUUAUUGCACUUUUGAUCAUAAAAAAAGGGUUAAUCUGAAAAUAAUCGCUAUUUUGUUGUCGAGAUUGGAGACUUUAUUUCUUUCCGAUCUUAAAUUAUAACAUAGAAUUUUUCUUUUUCAUGUUCAGAAACUAUAAAUAUUAUUUGAUACGACUUCCUAUGUCAACGUUGUGUUCACACCUGUUCAAGGUACAUCGUAUUCGUACCUGUAUCUGUUCACAGCUGUUCAAGAUACAUUGUACCUGUAUCUGUUCACAUCUGUUCAAGAUACAUCGUACCUGUAUCUGUUCACACCUGUUCAAGAUACAUGGUACCUGUAUCUGUUCACACCUGUUCAAGAUACAUCGUACCUGUAUCUGUUCACACCUGUUCAAGAUACAUCGUACCUGUAUCUGUUCACACCUGUUCAAGAUGUAGGUCCUACUUGUAUCUGUAAUUUGCCAUUUAAACAAUUUUAUAGCUAAUUAGGUUCAUUUUAUACAUAAUUACCUUAAUUAAUUAAUACAUUAUGUGAUUAAACGUUUAUAAUCAUCUUCAUUGUCAUCAAUUGAAUAUAUAUAUAUAUAUAUAUACACACACACCUGCGUAUAUUAGUACAGGUAUUCUUGGAAACCUGUUUUCUUUGAUUAAAGCGACGUUAGGUAAGAUUACAUAAAGAGCUGACAGUUCUCGCUAUAAUAGUUAAAAAAUAGAUAAUGCAAAGAGAUUAUGCUAUAAAUUUCAGUCAAAUUACUUCACUCUGAGCCCAGAUAUCGGCAAUAUAAUUAUAGUCUAUCCUUGAUUUUCAUUGUUACCGUUGUUACGAUAAUAAACAAAGUCUUCAUUAUCCAUUUUAGGUAACUGCAUCGAUCAUAAAAUGUAUUUAAAUCUACUUAAUCACAGCCAUCCGAUGGCAUCGAGAGUUGAUUAUAGCCUGGAUGAGUUAAUAAAUGUCUAAUUAAUAGUUUAUAUAACAUUUCAGGCCUAAAGAAAGACCUGCAAGAGGCAAAUUUACCUCUUGCAUAAUGUCUCUUUAAGUCUUCUGUAUCGAGGCCACUUAAAUAAUAUGAUAUUCAUCAUAAAUUUACAUCAGUUUUAUCCAAAACAAAUGUGACCCGUUCCCACAAAACCAGGCACUUAUCGUACAUCUUCAUUUUGUACUGCGGGCGCAAAAGCAUAAGCCAUAUGCCUUCUUGUUGCUGUGAUGAGGCAAACACCCGAUGAUACAACAUAUUUAAAAAGAAUUGCAUUUUUGGAAAGCUUAUAGUCUGUGGUCUAUUCAAAUAUGCUGCCAGCUCUAUUUUCAUAUAAAAACAGUUCGCCAUUUGUAUCAUAUUACCGUCGGCAAUAUGAUCAACGAGUAUAUUUGGGAUACAAACUAAGAUUAAAAAAGGGUAAAAAAAAAGAAGAUAGGUUUCCGAGGUGAUCAUCUGGAUGCAUGUUUUUAAAUGAAUAAACUGUACUAUAUUAUAUAUUAUAUCAUUGUCAUAUUAUAUCAUAUAUAUAUAUAUAUAUAUCAUUACAUCAUAUGUAUAUAUAUUAACAACAGCAUAAUCAAAUUAAAGGUUCUCUCCCAGUUUUAUUGAUAUUUUACCUAAUAUAUAUGUAUGAUAUGACAUAUUUAUGGCACAGUUGCAUAUGAUGUUUAUAUAUCAUGACUAUAUGUAUUUAUUCUUUAGCUAGUCUAUUGUCAACCAUCUUGGUUCAACACAUGGUCCACAGUGGUGUCAACCAUCUUGGUUCAACACAUGGUCCACAGUGGCAGCCAUCUUGGUUCAACACAUGGUCCACAGUGGCAGCCAUCUUGGUUCAAAACAUGGUCCACAGUGGUGGUAGCCAUCUUGGUUCAACACAUGGUCCACAGUGGUGUCAAUCAUCUUGGUUCAACACAAGGUCCACAGUGGUGGUAGCCAUCUUGGUUCAACACAUGGUCCACAGUGGUGUCAAUCAUCUUGGUUCAACACAUGGUCCAUAUCAUUUACUGACUACCCUUGAUAUUUAAUGAAUUUGAAAGAAAUUAAGGUUAAUAAAUACACAAAAUUAAAUGAUAUCCGCGUUACAGUGAUAGUUCUGCCACAAGACCAUACAAUGGGCCAGUGAGUCAAAUAUUUCUUUACUUUAAGCAUUAUUUAAAACAAUGACUUCCUUAUCUGGAUUGCCAGUCAUAACAAACUAGUCACAUAUUUUUCUUUUAUCAUAAUUCUGUCCAAACUCAACUUGAUCAUUUUUUCUUUUUUUUUAAAAUGGUUCAUUUGCGAUAAUAUUUCUUAGAAUAUCUAGAAAUGAUGAUGUCUAAUUUGAAAUUAUUGUCUUUAUAAAAUGAUUCUGUUUUUAGCUCAAUCUGAUUAAAAUACAGAUCUAUAUUUCAUUUCGUUUUUUUAUACUUUCAAUGGCCUACACUACUUGAAGAUCUGACCAUUUGUAGUACUAAAAGGAUGUGUCAGAGGUCGUACGUUCGAUUUUUGACCCUAUGACAUCAGACAUUGAUUGAUCAAUCAGCUUUGACGUUUCUAGUGGUAUACCCACAGUUGCAUGCAUGGUACUCCAGAAGUCGUCGUAACAGACGGUUUCAUUGGUUAAUCCUUCACACCAUCCAGAACGCAGGUUAUAUAACAACUCUUCCAAAUCCUAGUGUAGUACAGACAAGUAAAACCGAAAUUUUGAACUAUUAAAAACGAAACGAAAUAGGAUCUGUUUUAAUUAGAUUGUUUCUUAAUUAAAUGUUAAAUAAUCAAUUUGAAUACAUUUUCCCCCGCUUGGAUUAAACUAUGAAAUAAUUGAUAUUUUUCGCGAAAUGAUCAGAGACUUAGUGUCAGUUGCCGUCAGUAUCAAUGUUUUGAUUAUCGUGUUCAGUUAUUUUAUUGAUAUGAAAUAUUUUACAAAUCAUGUCUUGACAUAUUUUUCUUGUAUUUUAUACAUUUUCUUGGUUUGCCAGUUCGUUGCCAGGUUACCAGUUCGUUGCCAGGUUACCAGUUGUGCUCACUGUUCGGGUUUUUUUUCACUAUAAUUGUUAUAAUCUAUGAAUGAUAUUAUGGUAUCUCAAAUUUUUUCACUAGAAUUAGUAUAAAAGAAGAAACAUUUCCAAACUAUUUAUUGCCAUGGAAACUUGAUUUACUGUCCGUAAACAUCUCAAAACGUUGUCAUCAAAAUAUUACCAGAAUUAUAACGCUAGGUUAAUAUUUAUCAAGGCCUCAACUCGUCUUGGCACACGGCAAACUUCGGCAGAUUUCGUUACUCUACAUCUAGCCUCGGCUGUAUGACGUAAAGUGAUGUGUACCUAUGCCUAUACAAUUGCGAUGCGGCACCGGUUUACUUAUUAAGAACACUUGCCACUUUUAAAAAGAAGAUAUCAAAGUUGCGUCGUUCGAUGGUGUAUAGAAUUUUCAGUGCAAAAUUGUCCUUGUUUGAAGAAAAUCGGAUAAACUUGAAAGAAAAACAGCUUCAGAUUUUGAAAUAUCUGUAUGAUAAAACAUUCUUCAAAGGCGUCGUCAUGGGCAAUGCCGUUGGUAAUCUGGGAACUUAAAAGUAGUUCCAAUGGCGGACUUCGUCAUACAGCCAAGGCUAAAUGUAGGGUACUGGAAUCUGCUGAGGUUUGCCGAGUGCUCGUCUUAGCGCUCGUCUUAGCUAUUUUGUGUAGCAUCUAAAUUAGAUCAUUCAAAUCACUUAUAUAAAUAGCAAACGGUGUCAUGUUAAAGGGACAUUAUGCAAGAUUUAGAUAAAGAGAUGGCCGUUUUCUCUAUAUUAUUUCAAAAAUAGAUAAUGUUAAAUUAAUAUAUUGAAAAUUUCAUUCAAACUACUUUAUUUAGAGCAAAGUUAUCAAUAGUUGUAGUUUGACAAGAUGUGUGAAUUGGUUGUAACAAACGUACUGAGUUGAUUAUGAUCUUGGCAAGUUAAUAAAUGCCUAAUUAAUAAUUUAUAGAAUAUUUAAGGCCCAAAGAAAGGCCUGAAAUAUUUAGCCUGUUUAAUUAGGUUGUGCUAAAAAUUUGGACAACCAGGCCCUUCACAAAGCAUUCUCCGACUUAAGUUAAGAAUUUACUCAACUUUCAAUUACUGUUUAUGAGCAAUAUCUUUGAUCCAGAAACUCAAAACUUUACACAUAGUUUCUUAUUGAUGUAUUUGAUGCAUUAAAACAAAGUUUUAUAAAGGGCUAUAUUUUAGUUCAAAUAUGACGAACAAUUUUGAGUAAAUUCUUAACUUAAGUCUAAGAAUGCUUUGUGAACUCAGGGUGGGUAACAAAAGCUAUGGUAGUCCUCUUAGAUUAUUUAAUGUAAAACACCCAAUUUCAAAAUUAAAAUAUAGGGUCUUAUAUAUUCAUAAACAUUUAAUAAUGCCUCUGAUGUUGUUUUUAGGAUGUAUAUAGACCACAGAUUUUUUUGAUGACUUGAAUUGAAUUCUUUGUUAAUGGGGUUGUAUAUUUGAAUGAUCAUACUCAUAAUAUGGUUGAUGUAUGAAAAUUAUCUGUGGACAUGGUCUGAGAGAAUUUUUAAAAUGACAUUUACAGGAGACCAUGGUUGUUUUGAUUGGAGAGGCAUUAUCACUUUCAAAAAGACAUCAAAUGCCUUUGGACAAUUUAAACUUGUUUCUCUGGAUGCCCAGACAAUUGUUCAACUUAGCAAUUUUUAAUUAGCCAACGGCACAGCUACUUUAAUAGGUUGAUGUGUGUACAAAGUUUUAGAAAGAUAUCUUCGUGAAUAACUGUGAACUAGUUAAAGGUAGGACAGACGAGCGUAUUUUCUUAUCGCACAGUUGCGGCACUUUUUAAAAUCGCUUGAAAAAAUCACCUGUGUGUCCGUUCAUGGCGACGAUGAAUCUGCUCGGUGAACCAUUCGCCCGAUCGAUCACCCGUAUAUAGCAUGUUAGAUAUUUACAGCCAAAUAUUUUACGACAAUGAUUGAUUUGCCGGAAAAUACGCGUCCAGUGCAUAUCAUGCCCAUUGACAGUAAAUAAUAAAUUUCCACACCAGUUGACUCAAUGACAGAUCUGAUGAUACAACGCGCACACACUAACCAUUCGGCCAGUUGAAAGUGGUAAUGCCUGGUAAUAAACUAUGAUAUUUGUUUUAUUGAAGAAAAUGAAUUGCUUCCUACAUGCAUAUCGUCUAUGAUAUUAUUUACUAAUAAUAAUGUGAUAUUUAUUAUCAUAUAUGCAUGGCAUUUUAUAGGCUUGUAUAAAUAAUAAUAAAAAAAAUAUUUUGUGGUGCUUGUUUCAAAGUUUUGUCAGCCUGAUGUAAUUAAUGGAUAAUUUCCACGUUUUUUUCUAUAGAGAUUUGAAACAUAAUAGAAUGAAAAUAAAGUAAAUUAGACAUAU